AUGGGGGUCACCGCCCGUGGCCCACGAGUUUGGAUUAUGGCGAUGAUGAAGGACAACGACAGGAAGGACAUUUUAGUUGUGCAAACGCUUCGAAACCACAAAAUGGGGUCGACGCUGAUAGCCACCGCUUCCGUCCUCAUCUGUUGCGGCCUACUGACCUUCACCGGCGGCACCUACAACGCACCAAAGCGGCGCCACGAUGAACUGGAGGUGAUCUCCAAGUGCGCUGCCGCGAUCCUGGCCUUGCUCUCUGCCUUGUUGUGCCAGACUAUUUCUCUCAUGUUCGUAAACCAAGUUAACAUGCUUGCCAACAUCUUGACCGUCGAGGAAUGCCCGGUGACCCAAGAGUAUGUGGCCAAGCUCCUAGAGAAAGGAGUCUUUCUGAGCAUCGUGGGUAAUAGGAUCUUCUUGUGCGGCCUCCCCUUGGUUCUCUGGGUAUUUGGGCCUGUGCUGGUUGUCUUAAGCUCGGUAGUCCUGAUUCCAGUGUUUUAUAGCAUUGAUUUUGUUUCUGCGGAUGAGAAGGGUGAGGUCGGUGUGAAGGUGUCUGCAGGGAUGAGUCAUGGUGAGUUCCAUGCUGCAGAGGCAUAA